ACUCUUUGAUCCAUAGCCACCAGCGCAGCGAACAUGGCAGCUCCGUAUACAGUUCACACCUCAACAUUAUUCGACCCCAAAAAGAAAGACUUCGGGUCUGAUGUUUCAAUAACUGUCGAUCCAGUGUCAGGCCUCAUCUCAGAAAUCAACCAAAGAAAACUAGGAUCUCUAGAAGAUAUUCCUGAAGGUGAUGUCGAUUUGCGUGGUAAAAUUGUCAUGCCAGGCUUUGUCGAUGCACACAGCCACAUUUUCCUCCAUUCUUAUGACGAACGUCCCUCAUUGAACCAGAAACGCGAUGAAAGUGUUGUUGAGCGAAUAGUACGAGCAGUCAACCACUGCCGCACAUCUUUGCUUUCGGGAUACACGACCUACCGUGAUCUGGGAUCUGAAUCAAUGCAGGAGUCAGAUGCACAUAUAAGAGACUGUAUCAAUCGGGGUCUCAUGCCAGGACCUCGCCAAUUCGUGGCCACUCGCGCUCUCUCAAGCACAGGCUCAUACGAACCUCGCUCUGAGAACCAAGCCAACGGAGUGUGUGUCCCUCUUAGAGGUGAACCGGUCGAUGGAGUUGAUGAGGUAAGGACAGCGGUGAGACGCCGCAUUAGAGUUGGUGCGGACAUCAUCAAAUUCUUCGCAGAUUAUCGGCGGCGAAUCAUGCGCUAUCCGCCUGCCCAGCAACAUCCCUAUAUUCACAGUGUCACACACCAUCCCGCAAAUCCAAAUCCUGAUGUUAUUGUCUUUGCUCAGGAGGAGAUGGAUAUGCUCGUCAAAGAGGCUAAACUGGCCGGAGCGCCAGUAGCUUGUCAUGCAGGGACACUUGAAGGGGCUUUGAUGGCCGUCAGAGCUGGCGUUGAUACCAUCGAACAUGCGUACUACGGUAAUCAGGAGCUUUUCGAACUCAUGGUUGAGAAAAAAUGUCUCCUGGUCCCAACUCUCGCUGUGUGCGAGCGAGUGUAUAGUAGUCGCAUUGAUGAACUCAAGGCACAGACAAAGCUCGCUUAUGAUUUAGGUGUUCGUUUCGCAUGUGGUGGAGAUACUGGCACAUAUCCACAUGGUCAAGGAGUUCGAGAGAUGGAACUUAUGAUUGAAGCAGGCCUGCCUUUAGAGUUUGUUCUCGAAUCAUGCACAAUUGGCGGGUGGGAAGCUUGUGGCAAAGAUCUUUGCGGAAUGCGAUUUGGUUGGUUUGAGAAGGGAUUGAGAGCAGAUAUCAUUGCCCUACAGGCCGACCCCCGCAAGAACACAUUUGCAUUGAGGAAAGUCGAAUUCGUCAUGAAAGAUGGCAUAAUAUGGAAACAGAAUGGAAAAGGUGUAGGGCUUCAUGAAGAUGAUCACAGAUGGGACAGUAUUUGA